AUGGAACAAAAGAAUUGUAUUACUGUUCAAGCCGAUAGAGGUGCUAUUUUAGCCAACCGGUCCUCUCGUCCGAAAUCUAUUGCCCAACAUACCAUCCGCUAUUCUCGAAUACUUGCAGCCAAACGUAAAAUGGGAACCACCCAUCAGACCCUCGUCGAACGACUUCAAGAACAACUCGACAUUAAAAACGCCCAAACAGUUAGCCAGAAUCAAGAAAUUAGCGCCUUAAAGAGGCAGGUAGCGGAACGAGAUUCCGAGAUCAGCGUUUUGCGGGCGGAUAUCGCAGAAUUCGACCAGGAAGAAUGCCUUGAAACACUGUUACGAACACAAGACGAGUUACAAACCGCUGGAACAGCCAACGAAGCUCUUCAAAAGAACGUGGACAUCCUUAGCCAAAAACUCGAAAAGGCUUACGGGCAGGUGGAGGAGUUGCAAAAGCGGGCUGGGGAGUUGGAAAGGCAGCUGAGAGGGCAGGAGGUUGCCAGUCAAAGCAUGGAAGAACUCUGGGAGAAGCGGUUCGCGGAAGAGCAAAAGCGGAUGGAGGAGUUGCUGGCCAGUCGAUGGCAGGAGGAGCGACGGCAGGAGAGGCGCCGGGAAAUCCGACUUCGGAUUUUGGCCGACGGAAUGCGACGGAAUUGA